GUCAAACCACUUCCUCCCCACGACGGCACGCACUGCGGCGCUGUGCGUUAAGUUUGAUUUCCUGGAUAAAAGCUACUAAUACUCGAAGAGAGAGCAGCUUUUAAUCUCUGUGCAGAGCCAGACAGUGAAACAACCAUUUGCUGACCACAGAGUCCUUGCUAGUCCUUGGUAGUUCUAGGGCUAACCACGCAGUAGACAGCUUGUAGGGUCUCAGAAACUUCACCAUCCUUGGCGUCACGGAGGAAAGAUGUAAACAAGUUCCAUGGAGCUCAAGCACCUUUUGAUGUGGCUCUUGCUUGGAUCCACCAUGGGUACAAGAGCAGAAAAAUGCCCACCUCUUUCAACUACUGAAUUUGCUGACGUGGCUGCUGAAACAUACCCACUGAAGACCAAACUGCGUUAUGAGUGUGACAAUGGCUACAGGAGAAGAAGUGGGAGCUCCUUGACAAUUCGGUGUUUGAAUGUAUCAGGGACUGCUUCUUGGGUCCACGAUGAACUUGUAUGUAUUGAUGAGAAAUUUUUGUUCUCAAAGAAUCACACAGCUAAGUUAAAUUCUACACAAGAGUCAGGAAGAGAAACCCAGAGCCCAGCAUCUCCGAAGCAAGUAAACAAUUCAAGUUUUUGUGGUACGCCCAAAACUGUCCUACAUGCCUCUCUAAGCAUACAACAACUAUAUUCUGUGGGACAAGUAUUACAUUUCACAUGCCCGACUGGCUACAAUAAGCAGCUUCCUACCUCUGGCACCAUCACGUGUGAGAAUGUGACUGGAAGAAUGAAGUGGAUGCCCCUUGAUAAGCCAUGUACCAAUGGCAGCAGCCCUAUAAACAAGCAGCUGUCACAUCUUAUUGAGGCAGUCAUUUUUUUCAUUCUGCUUCUCCAUUCUGCUGUCUUUUUGUGAGUCACCGAGCAGAGAUGAUAAACGGGAAGGAACCAGGAAAAUGUGAAACCUAAAAAAAUCCCUGGAAGAGCUCUCCGCCGGAUCUACCACCUCAUUAUUGCACUGCUUGGAUUUCUGAAUACCUUCUCUGGUAUUAAAUAAAUGACCCCGGAUUUUGGGUUGUCUGGUUCAGCUGUUAAAUACUGGCACAAGAAAAGGAGGAAUCAGAGCUUCUGAAAUCAAGAAGUGUGCAUAAAACCGCUUUGUCUCAGCCAUUGUGGAACUGAGAGUGACAGUUCAAAUAACGGGUGGAAAAUGAAUCCUGUGAGGAAAUUAAGGUUAAUUAUGCAAAUAUGUUGGUUUCAGAUAGAUUGCGCAAUCAGUCUUUUUCUGUCUGGCUGAUCUGUGGGAAGUCUGAUGGAGCAUCUGCCAUCAUCACCAAGUAAUUCUUUGUCCUUCAUCCCCCUGAUUUCUCAGACGUGCCACGACAACUUUGUACUGCAGACUUAUUUUAGUCUGGCCUCCUCACUGCUUCUAUUACUACACUGAGAUGUAACUUGUUCCUGUUCAGAGGCUCCUCCACCUACGUAAUCCAAAGUGUCCCUGUUUCACACUUGGAAGUUCUCCUUUUCUACUCUUUCUCUGCAAAUGCUCAUUCCAUUCUUCACUAAUUACUAGUGGGCUCUGACUCUCUGCUGAAUGGGAAUUUUUCUCUACAAGGCGGGAGGAAUUAUAGAAUAGAGUCAUAGAAUCAAAGAAUCAUAGAAUCAUAGAAUCAUAGAAUCAUAGAAUCAUAGAAUCAUAGAAUCAUAGAAUGGCUUGGGUUGGAAGGGACCUCAAAGAUCGUCUAGAUCUCACUACCCCCCACUCAGGACACAGAAAAGAACUUUGUGAAGCCAUCAGCAGUGUGUUUAGCAGUGCUUUCAGCCAGUAUGUGAUAGGAUAAAGCCAUAGGAACUGUAGAAAAUGCUUUGAAACUUGUUUUAGUGAAGAUGGUCUACUGUGGUGCAGAUUGCUUGGGCCGUAAUGGGGUUUCUGAGAAUAUGAUAGGUGAAAAAUUGUCAAGAAUAAUCUAUAUCUCCCUGACUCUGUGGUGGGACAAGGGCUGAAAUAACCAAUAUCAGAUGAAGCAGUAACUGAGGUCCUAAGUGGUGUCUUUUGCAGAAAUUACAGACUGAUUGCUCAGGUUGCCCAGAGAUCUCCCAUUCUAGAGACAUUCAAGGUCAGUCUGGAUGGGGAUCUGAGUGACCCAAUGUAGCUAUAGGUGUCCCUGUUUGCUGCAGGGCAGUUGGACUAGGUGACCUUUAAGAGUCCCUUCCAACCUGAAUGAUUCCAUGAUUCUAUGACUCUAAGAUUCUAUAAUUCUGUCAUCUCUCCCAGUAAGUAUAGAAGAAACUAUAGAAAACCCGACUCAUUCCUGUAGUAAAGUCUUUCCUACCCAUGGUGAUGACUUCCCAGGGAACUGUAGCAUUGAGAUUUAAGCUAGUGAAGCCAACACCAUGCUAUGGAACAACCAGAUUGCACCAGUGACUCCAAGACCGGCAGGACCAAAUGGAGACUCACAUCCAAUGUGAGAAGGUGGCACAAAAUAUCACGGCCUUAGGACAGCAGAGUGACUUUCCACCUGCAGAGGACAGAUGGAGGGAAUGCACUCCAUCACUGAGAUGAGGAAAGAGUCCUGCCCGAAGCUGCCCCCCAGAAACACUUCUACAGUACAGCAAUUAUAGUAUUCUGACAUAACAAUCUCAUGUAAGUGACCAGGUGAACAAAUGGACUGAUCAUCCAAGCACAUUGGAUGGUAGUACUGUCCCUACAGAUUACACACCACUUUUUCUACAAAGAGAUGCUAGAAGCCUCAUUUCACCCAUGCCAUGCUGUGCUGUGCUAUGCUAUGUUAUGCUAUGCUAUCCUAUUCUAUUCCGUUCCACUCCAUCUCAAUCCAUUCCAUUCCAUCCCAUUCCAUUUCAGUAUUGCUCCAGAUCAGAGGAGGCACAAGAUUAAUUUGGCAGUUCCUUUCAUACUUGCAGAGCAUCAAAAAUACUAGUGCAAAGGCAUCUGAGGACAGAUUAAAGCAUGACUUGAGCAUGCGCAAUAUUUGAUAUAUUACUUUAUUGGGAAUUUAUGAGGUUUGAAUAGACCUCUGUCUCUUCUUCAUUCUGCUGGUAUGAUAGAGUUCAUCUGAGAAAAUACAAACAAAUCUGAGACAAAUAAUGGGAAAGAACAAGUCCCUUAGAGGAACAUAUCUACAUAUACACAUACUACAAAUAUACACAUACAUAUAUGUAACUGUACAUCUAUAUGUACAUAGCUGUACAUAUAGAUAUACACGUAUGCCUACAUGUAGACCAAACCCCUUAGUGUUUAAAGGCACUUGUUUCUCUUCAUUGACUCUAAGUGAUGCCCAAAUUGACCAGAUUACCUGUAGAUGCUUACAUGUUAUGUCAAGAACCAAACAGGAUUAAUCCCUUCUAAUUCGGUGGGCAUGACAUGUUAGUUUAGUUUUCUGUUUUGUAAUAGAGUGCAUGUCAUUACUUUAAUGAGUUGUAUUCCUGUUGAGUUUUUCUCACUCCAUAGCUUUGAUAUUUAUACUUUCCAUAGCUUUAUUCCUGUUGGAACAGGACUGAUUUGUAAUAUGUAUCUUUAUAAAUACAUGGUGGUCUAUUACACGCUGGUAUAUUGUAUGGGAGCAAACAGCAAUCUGUAUUUAUGCAACAGAUGAUAUCUUUUCAAACCUGCCAGCUGCUCUGAAGUGUGCAAGCAGUGAUACUGAGCUCUUCUGCUUCCUUUGUUUAAUGCACAUUAAUUACUGUUAACAUAACUAUGUUAAGCACUGCAAUUAUGUUGGCAUGACUUGUCCCACUCAUGGCAGUUUACUGCAGAAAGCUAAUAUUUUACCUGCUUCUAGCACGUACAUUUUUAGCCAGUUACGCAGAUAAUGAGUCAUGUCUCCCAUUGCUCUGAUGACUUAUUCUACUUUCCCUAGCCAGGUUGGUUCAUGGGCUCUCUCUCCAUAUUUUGUCUUUGUUUCUUGGCAAUCAAGGGAGACAUACUUGGUACGGUACCUGUAAGCAAUACAUACUGGAGAAAUAUUAUAAGAUUCAAUUUUCUUAGCUAUUAAUGUCUACAUAGGGUCAGAACUCAGGUGAUCUCCAGCAUGGGAGCUCUAUAUGUACUUUAUCAGAAAGCUGUAAGUCUCAGACAAGCUGUACUUCACCUCCUGGUAGAGCCUGUUGGCCCUCUGGGGGAAUGUUUUAUUGGAGGCUCGGUCCUUCAAUGCGACAUACAGAGGGUGUGGAAAUCAAUAGGGUGCAGCCAGGAAGCAAAAAUCCACCACUGAAGGAGGCUGUGGCCAAACCGUCGCUGUCCUGCUUUCUCCAUAGCCACUCAAUUAUUUUACACGAGGAUACUUGAUACUUUUAUUUGGUAAACUUGAUUUUCUCAGCAUGGAAUGAUCAAUAAAUUAUAACAAUAAAUUA